CCUCCGCAGCCUCAGUCGAGCUUCGGGAGUCACUCCGUCUCCUCAGCAGGGACACUGGACCUACUAAACGAGUUUGAACCUAGUUUAUGUAUUUAUUUAUUUUUGAUAUUCCCCCCACCACCUCUAUUCUUGUCGGAAUUUAACCACCGGGAAGAACAAUGCGGCUCAUUCAGAACAUGUCGACCAUUGCGGAGUGUACCGCGCCUGAAUACUCCUUCCCGAACCGGGUCAUUAAAAUAGCUGUUAUCGGAGGCAGCGGAGUGGGGAAGACAGCGCUCGUGGUGAGAUUCCUAACGAGGCGGUUCAUCGGAGACUAUGAGCGAAAUGCAGGUAAUCUGUACUCCAGAGAAGUCCAGGUGGAUGGAGAUCAGGUGACCAUCCAGGUCCAGGACACUCCAGGUGCAGAGAUGAGUGAUAACGGUAUCAGUCUCCCCGACCACGUGAGCUGCUCCAUCCAGUGGGCAGACGCCGUGGUGCUGGUGUACUCGGUGACCGACCGGCGCAGCUUUGAGCUGAUCGACCAGCUGCACCAGCUGGCGGUCCGUAGCGGUGGUGCCGGCGCGCCCCCGGUGAUCCUGCUCGCCAACAAGGCCGACCUGCUGCAUCUGAGGCGCGUCGACUCCCAGCAGGGCCCCUUGCUGGCGGGGACGCUGGGCUGCUCCUUCUACGAGGUCUCCGCCAGCGAGGACUACAACCAGGUGCACGACGCCUUCCACAGACUGUGCUGCCAGCUCGCCAAGCAGCCGCAGCAGCCGCCGCCGCCGGCCGCCAGCGGCGCCACGGAGAAGAGGCGCUCGCCCCUCAUCCCCCGGCCAAAGUCCCCCAACAUGCAAGAUCUGAAGAGGCGUUUCAAACAGGCGCUGUCUGCCAAAGUCAGGACUGUGACCUCGGUGUGAGGAGAACUGUGAGCCGAUUGAAGAAAACAGGAGGUGAACUCUCCUUUCUUAAAGUUCUGAGUCAGUCUGACUGAAAGAGGCAGGCUGGGGAGAUGAACGGGUAAAAUAAAAAAAAGAGGCACUCCCCUCUUGAAGAAGAGCGCUCUGGUGUCAGAUGGCAGGGAGGAAGUUUAUCUGCUUAGGAAGAGAUGCGCGAGGACACGAGGGGGAUGGAGGGGGAACGGCGGCUUCUACCAGACUUUGCGAGUCGGUUGAACUCAAAAGUGUAAAUCCAGCUUCUCCUGGCAACAGCUGAAGGACGGCUUAUUUUUAGCUGAGCCCAUUGUGGCAGAGUUUUAUUUUUUUUUUUUCCCUAUUCACUGCCUCUACACGGCACCGUUCCCAUUCAGAAAGGACUCUGAGGAGCAGGGUGCAUGCUCAGUCUGUAAUGUCAACAUCUGCAGUUCAUGUGCUUGUUGUUCAGCUUUAUGGAUCAUCACUGCAGUGGGAGGUUGAAGUGUUGCAGCAGACACAGGAUGUAGCACUGAUGCACUUUAUAUUAACCCCCCCACCCCAAAAAAAAGACCAGUCCAAAGGACCUGUUUAUUUAUUUGUUACACUUUGUCCACAAUAAAAUGUUAAAAUGA